AUGGCUCCAUCCGCUACGAACGGCGAUGCUAUUGCGGCACUCGAAGAAAUCAAAGCCCCUCAAGGUGUUGUGCUGCCUCCGAGAGAGAUCAAGGCUAUCCUGGAAAAGACAGCAGGCUAUGUGGCUAGAAAUGGGAAUGUAUUUGAAGACCGCAUCCGCGAGAAAGAAAAGCACAACCCGAAAUUCUCCUUCCUCAGCCCGAAUGACUCCUACAACGCGUACUACCUAUGGCGCCUCAGCGAGAUCAAAGAGGGGCGAGGGACAGCCGUAGCAGCUGGUCGAGCAGGAGAAGCCGAAGCCGAGAUCGUGAAGCCCCAAGGACCGCCCGAGCCCCCGGAGUUUCACUUCUCGGCGCGCAUGCCGAAUAUCAGCGCUCAGGACCUGGAAGUUGUGCGUUUGACGGCGCUGUUUGUGGCGAAGAAUGGGAGGCAGUUCAUGACGACUAUUUCGCAACGGGAAACGGGGAACUACCAGUUUGAUUUCUUGCGCCCGAAUCACACGCUGCAUAAUUUCUUCCAGCGGUUAAUUGAUCAGUAUACGACGCUGUUGCGGGCGGGUGGGUUGGAUGGAGAGGGGGGUAAGCUACAGAAGGAGAGGAUUAGGGAGUUGGAGGCCAAUGUUGCUGAUAAGUUCCAUGUUCUGGGGCGGGCGAAGCAGAGGGCUGAGUGGUUCAAGUUUCAGGACCAGCAGAAGGCAAAGAAGGAGGAGGAUGCGGAGAGGGAGAAGACUUCAUACCAGCAGAUUGACUGGCAUGAUUUCGUGGUUGUCGAGACGGUCGUCUUCACGGAAGCAGAUGAUCAGGCACAGCUCCCUCCUCCGACCGCGCUCUCGGAUCUCCAGUUUGCGUCGCUGGAUCAGAAGGCUAUGAUGUCUGUCAGCUCGCAUAAUAUGCGUAUCGAGGAAGCUAUGCCGGAGGAUGACAGCUACUAUAACUCCAAUCCCCCACAAUCGCAGCAGAUGGCUCCUCCGCCUGUACCGGAGCCUGCCUACCAACCACAGUACCAAGAUACUCGGAUGCGCAACACAGACGAAGAAGACGAGGAAGAGCAACGUAUCCGCGAAAGGACCGAGGCGAGACAGCGCGCUCAGCAAGCACAAGCAGAAGCCAAGGGGGUCGCUGCACCGAUGAAGAUCAAAGAGAACUACGUUCCUCGCGCAGCCGCCCGAGCAGCUAACAAACAGCACAUGGUGGUUUGUCCGAACUGCAGCACGCAAAUGCCUGCCAACGAAUUGGACCAGCACAUGAGAAUUGAACUCCUGGACCCGAGAUGGAAAGAGCAGAAGGCCAAAGCCGACUCCCGCUUCGCGACCACGAACCUGUCGACCCAAGACGUGGCAAACAACCUCAAGCGGCUGGCCAGCCAGCGCAGCGACCUGUUCGACGGAGUCACAGGCCAGCCGAUUGUCUCGGAGGAGGAGCUGGCGCGGCGAAAGAAGGCAGCCACAAGCUAUGAUGGGGUGGCGCCCGACAAGGGAGAUCGCAGGCUGGACGUCAUGCAGAAUGUCAAUGUGGAGGAGCAGAUCAGGGCCAUCCAUCAGAAGUUCGGGGACAAGAAAUCGUGA